AUGAAUUCCCCUCACAGCGAUGCCUAUUCUGGUUCUUCUGGAGGACCCACGCGUAUCCUUCGCGUAGUCAACGACACCUCCUUGGCUGCCACAAUCCGCGAGCAAGCCAUCGUACUGCAGGGUAGACCGGAGCAGAGAAUCUACCUUAAUAUCCCUAACACCAUCAGCGAGUCAAUCGACGAGGACGACUACUACCCGGUCAUCGAGCCCUUCCAAGUUGCUCGUGCCUCCCGUUCUACCUCAGUUGACAUCCUCGAAUCUCUUGAGGCCGAAGUCCCUGCCUCCUUCAGCUUCGGUCCCAGCCCUGAGCCUGAGACUCUUGGAGAGGAGGUAUCCAGCUUCGGCUCCAGCUCUGAGCCGGAACUCCUUGAAGAAAAGGUCAAGGCACACACAAGAGUCUACAGAGGAUUGUCGCGGUUUGCUAGCAGAAGCAGCACUAACCUAGCAGAAUUCUCUUCCGCUACCAAGGAGAAGCUCAAGGAGUUCAAGCUCUCCAAGUCGAAGAGCACCUUCAACCUGCCUGGCCUCCUUUCUUCCCCACCAUCACCUACAUGGAGCGAAUGGAGCGAUCCUCCACCUAUGCCGGCCCUUCCCUCCGCGUCAACACUCAAAUCUCUCCCGUCUCUCCCGUCUCUCCAGCCUCGCCCAUCCCUCUAUCACCCCUUGCCCGCUCCCCAAAUCAACACAUCAAGUGUAGCUGCCGAGACUGCCGAGACCAAAGCCUCGCCCGCCAACUCCAAACCAUCGACACCAGAACCAUCUUCCAGAUGGACCACGGCUCGCCGCAACUUGGCCAAGCGUCUGUCCACCGGUAAUCUCUCUCUAUCUCUGAAAGUUCGCUGCAGAAUCAAGUUUUCUAACAUGUCUUCCAGUUUUCACCACAAGCAAGCGGGUCUAAGUGGUAUCGCCCCUCGUCACACUCAUACAGAGCGCACUUCUAGCAGACACUGGGCUUCAACACAGCACCCAUCUCGCCCCAUCGCCGACACUUGUGGUAUUCCGGCUGGAGUAGGUAGAAAAGCUAUGCCCUCGUCUGAAACUUCACUUUCACCCCAAUCGCCUCGUCUCCGUGACCCCGUCACUUCUGUUGGCUCGUCUUCACCCAAAACCGUUCGUUCUCACACCUCUGAGUUUUCUGCCAGCUCACCUACACCUAAAUCGUCUCACGUUUUCACACCUGUCAAAUCCGCCGCGUCACAUAAGCCUAUCAAAUCUUCGCUGGUAAAAGUCACCCCUUCACCCACUGGUGCACGACAAUCCGCUCGUGACAGACCUUCUCGUCUCGGCGCCAUCGCUAUGAACCGCUUGCCCCCAUCUGUCCGCGACAUUCCCUCCUCUGUCGACGCCGGUCCAUCACCCAGAAAAAGCCCGCGCCCCUCUGUCCGCGACAUGUCAUCAUCAUUCGCGCCGACGUCUCCUUCCGCCCGUGUGAGGCGUCUGUCCGCCUGCAAUGCGCUUUCCACUGCUGAUAUCGCGCCUUCCCCUAUCCGCCGCGCCCCCCGCUCUGUACGCGGCGCGCUUUCGACUGCUGGUGUCGCACCUUCUUCUGUCCACCUCGCCCCUCGCUCUGCACGCGACGCACUUCCCUCUCUCGGCGCCGCACUUCCCCAAGCCCUCCCUGUUUCAUCGGAAGGAGGCAAUCCCUACCCGCGCCCCUACGGAGGAGGAUGGCGCAAUGACCCAUACCACCUCUGGGACCGAGUAAAAUACUUGGAUCCCAACAGUUCAAUCGCUUCGUGCGCUCCUCUCCUUCCCACUGUCGGCGUUGGAACCCCUGCUCCGCGACUCAAGAAAGGAAGCAGCCACAACUACUACGGUGGACGUUCCGCAGCUCAGAGAGAGAGCACCAGAGAUGUGAUCAAGACUAUGAACGCCAACCGUCAUGCUUACACGUCUACCUCUACCACUUCUUUGCAGGCACCCGACUCACCCAUAGAGCUCGACGACCUCUCACCCGACUCGCCUAUUGAGCUUGACGACCUCUCACCAGAACCUUUCGUCAGCACAGCUGUCUCUCUGUUGCAGAGAGGUAGAAAGGGCCUCAAGGUCAGACUUGUCAAGGCGCGUGAUCCGGCUGGCAACACUUACUUCUACGAGCAAGCCCACGUGCCUCGUUACACCAAGCAUUCUAUGCGCCCCUCAAAACGCUUCUUCAGCAUUCGCAACUUUUUGAGCCGCCGCCUCUAUGGCAAGCCUGGUGACGGUACCAGUCUGCUCAUGCCCAACAUCCCUCUUCCUCCUGACAUCUACAUCCCUGGUGUUGACAAACUGUCCGUAGAGAUGAUAAUAGCACAGGAGAAGGAGGCGGAAGAGAUGAAGGCCAAAGAGAAGGAGCUGAAAGACAAGGAAUCAAAAGAGAGGGAGCCGCAAGACAAAAAGGAGAAGGAGAAGGAGCAUCCGUUCGGAUCCUUGGAUUGGCUGGAUCACGAGAUUCGCUUGCGAAGACGCUUUGAAAAGAGAUACAAGGCCGAGGAAGAGGCUAGGAUCAAGGCAAAGAAGAAGGCUACCCGAUUUAGAUUUGGUAACUCCAAAGCUCCCACCAUCCGAAUGAGCCACGAUGACUACGAGUACGAUCCUCGUGGCGUCGACGCUCUUGUACCUACCUCGCCUGCUGGCUUUCCCUCCUUGACCAGAUGGCCCAAGUUCAGGUCCGGCGCCGCUCCCGCCUACAACCGCAUCCUCCGUCGCAACAAGGCCGACUGUGUCGCGAUUGCUCAGCGCGGUCAAUCCCAGCGCCAAUUCCUGGAGCAGCAACGCGAGAGGGAACAGCUCGAUAGCUCCAGAGCACAAUGGAUCGAGGAGUUCAGAGAACAAGACGAGUUGAAGAAACAGGCCGCUCUCGAAGAAGAGAAGAGGCUGGAGCGCGCUGCCAAAGCUGAGAAAAUGUUGGAAGAACAGCGUCUGAAGGAUUUGGAGCUCGACAUGCCCGAGGAGUCUUUGGACAUCACUCCUCCUCGCCUCCGUACACCCAAACGCUCGAUGAUCCAUGACUUUGAUGACCAUGAGCCUUUGAUCGCGCCCAAGAGCCCCCAGCAACGUCAAUUCGAGGCCGAUCAGGCUGCAGACGCCGCCAAAGUCGCUAUCCCUGUCACCCCGAGAACGCCCGUACACGUUCCUGUCUUGGAGGAGAUCCACGAGACUGUAGAAGAUGAUGGUGAUGGAGAGAAGGUUGAAAAGACCAACGAAGGUGAUGAAGAGGAGCUUGGAAAGACCGACGAGCAUUCUGUGGAGAUCGAGGAGACCGAAAGUGAGAAGGAGUUCAGGCAAUGUGCCGAAAACGUCGCAAAGCUCGAGAUAUACCGCUAA